AUGAACGCAAACCAUUUCAAUAGCCUUUUGAAUAAGGUCGCAGAAGGGCAUUUCAACAGAAAGAUCACAGAAUCAAAGGUUUUGAAAACCUUUCUCUCUGUGAUUAGAAUGAAGAUUAAGAAUAAUUUUGAUUCACUUAUCGGAAAGGAAGAGGAAAACGAAGAGAUGGAAAGAAUACUUCAUUCCUUUUUAAUUGAUGAAAUUGGUGAUGUAAAUAAUAUAAUUUAUACCCACUCGUUAAUUAUUAGAUCAAAACAUUCCAUCACAAACGUUGAAGAUUUCUUUAAAUUUCUAACAACAAUUGGAAACAAGUACAACCUGUUGGAGUUAUUGUUUUUAGAUGAUCUAGAGCAUCAAUGGGCUGAAUACGAUAUGAUUGUAAGCGAUUAUGAAGAAUCGAUGAAAGCUUUUGUUAAAAGAAAUUUGCCUUUCAAUCCUUCAUCAAUAGAAACCGUUGUAAGGGAUAACGAACAGUUUGAUGUUUUCGAACAACUUGUUAAUAGGUGGUUCCCAAAUGCAUCAAACAAGCUUUUGAUUGAUGGGUUGAUUUAUUCAAUGAUGUUUUACUUUAGUAUUACCCCUUCCAGAAAAGAUUUAGUUUUGCAAGUUGGAAUUCUUCCUCAAUUACCAAGUUUCUUUGACAAGUUUUUAUUGCUAAUGUGUUAUUGCAAAAACUUUGAGAUGAUUCCAUCUGAAAAGUUUAAAUUUAUCUUGAAGUUUAUUAUUGAUAAUAAUCCAUUCAACAAUUUUUCUGACUUGAUGAAUAGCACCGAUACAGUCAUUCUGACCAAGCUUUUUAUUAAGCUAGGGAUUGCUUUACAUGAAAAAAUGGACCAAACAAAACUAGAGGAAUUAACUAUGCAAAUAUCUACACUUUCCGAAAACCUAGAGAAAGAGUCAAGAAAGAAUUUGAUAACAAGAGAAGAGGUUCAAUUAAUUAGUAUAAAAUUGGCAGGGACUGAGGAAGAGUUAAGACUUACCAGAGAGAAGUUAGAAGAAGAAUUACGACUUACCAAAGAGAAGUUACAAUCACAAGAAGAAGAGUUAAGAGUUGCAAGAGAGAAAUUAUUUGAAGUAGAAACUGAAUUAGCAUUGAUGAAUAAUAUUAUGAUUAACCCCAAAAAUAGAGAACUGCAAAAGUUAGCCUCACAAAUUGAAGCACUCACUCAAACAAUAUUCUCUCUUCUUUCACAACAAGACAGUUCACAAAAGGAAUGUGCAAGAAAAAGUAAACAAAUCGAAGAAUUGGAAGGGUUCAUCGUUGAAAUUCAAGAGAAAUAUCAUUUGGAAAUGAAACAAAGAGCAGAGCAACCUGUUUGUGAAUGCAGUUGCACAUCCUGUGUUUCUUGUGUUCAUAAGAGUAAUACGAAUAUUUCAAACAAUUAA